AAAAAUCUAAGAAACGGACGACGCCAUGAAAGAAAGCAACAGAGCGCAGUCCUAGGCUAGCCUAAAAUUGCUGAAACAAAAUCUUCAAAACAUAACUCUGAUGAUUUCUUUUGUUUCCCAAGCAUAAUUUUAGGUACUAAAAUUCCUCAUAGAUCCUCGAAACAAUCAUGGCUACGGUUGCCACCAGUGGGGUUGGAUUAAGUGGAGCAAGACUCCAUGCUUUCAACUCCAGCAAACCAUUUUCUCCAUUUCUUGGGAAGAAGCUCAAGAUUAAACCAAUUUCUGAGUCAAUUCAUCCAACAAAGUUUAACCAUGCAAAAUCCAGGAAUCUUCUUGUUUUAGCAUCUGGGGUGGAUUUAAUGAGCUUUGUCAACGAUCUUUUUGUUGGGGUUGGAGUUGGACUUCCAUGUACGGUCAUGGAGUGUGGUGAUAUAAUUUAUAGAAGUACACUUCCAAGCUCAAAUGGUCUCACAGUUACGGUUCCUGGGACGAUUUUAGCACUGGGUGCUUUGUCUUAUUUGUGGGCUACUCCUGGUGUUGCCCCUGGUUUUUUUGAUAUGUUUGUGCUUGCAUUUGUUGAAAGACUGAUUAGACCUACCUAUCGGAAGGAAGAUUUUGUGCUUGGGAAGAAAUUAGGUGAAGGGUCUUUUGGUGUGGUUUAUAGAGCUUCAUGGGCUAAAAAGCCCUCCCCAAAGGGUGGAGAGUUAGUCUUGAAAAAGGCUACUGAAUAUGGAGCAGUGGAGAUAUGGAUGAAUGAACGUUUGCGAAGGGCUUGUGCUAGUAGCUGUGCUGAUUUUGUGUAUGGCUUUCUCGAGAGUUCUUCAAAGAAACAAGCUGAAUAUUGGCUUAUAUGGCGUUUUGAAGGGGAAGCCACACUUGCUGAUUUAAUGCAAAGUAGGGAGUUUCCUUACAAUGUGGAAGCACUGCUUCUGGGGGAGGUUAACAACUUGCCUAAGGGUCUAGAAAGGGAAAAUCAAAUUAUCCAGACUAUUUUGGGACGGAUCUUGUUUGCAUUAGAUGGCCUUCACUCAACCGGAAUUGUCCACAGAGAUAUUAAGCCACAGAACAUAAUUUUCUCCGAAGGUUCUCGCACAUUCAAAAUCAUUGAUCAUGGAGCUGCUGCAGAUUUAAGGGUGGGCAUCAAUUAUAUUCCUAAGGAGUUUCUGUUAGAUCCAAGGUAUGCUGCACCUGAGCAGUAUAUUAUGAGCACUCAAACACCCUCUGCACCUUCAGUUCCAGUUGCAACAGCACUAUCUCCUGUUUUAUGGCAGCUAAAUUUGCCAGAUCGCUUUGACAUCUACAGCGCCGGGCUCGUAUUUUUACAAAUGGCAUUCCCUGGACUACGAAACGACAAUAGUCUCAUACAAUUUAACCGUCAGCUAAAGCGAUGUGACUACGAUCUGGUUGCAUGGAGGAAUACAGUAGAACCACGUGCAAGCAAUGAGCUUAGAAGGGGUUUUGAGUUGUUAGAUCUGGAUGGUGGCAUUGGAUGGGAACUUUUAACAUCAAUGGUUCGGUAUAAGGCACGCCAAAGAGUCAGCGCAAAAGAAGCUUUAGCUCAUCCUUAUUUUGAUAGAGAAGGCCUAUUGGCCAUGUCCUUUAUGCAGAACCUAAGGAUGCAAUAUUAUCGAGCGACACAAAAAGACUAUAGUGAAGCUCUCAAGUGGGUUGUUCGGCUGAUGGCAAAGUCAGGAACAGAGCAGGACGGUGGCUUCACUGAAGCACAGCUUCAGGAGCUCAGGGAUAUACAACCUAAAAAGAAGUCGAGUGCGCAAAGGAAUGCUCUUGCAUCAGCUCUCAAGCUGCAGAGAAAAAUCACAAGGACAUUAAAGGAGAGUGUUGAUGAACUUAAUCAAAGGCGAAAGAGCGUAUGGUGGAAUCGGUGGAUCCCAAGAGAGGAAUGAAAUUUGUAAAAAUAGUAAUUUGCUUAUGCAUGUAAAUUAUUUUGCAGUCCUCAACCUUAACUUCUCUAGCGGAGUAAAUGAUGUUUAAUAGAGAGUACAAAAGCA